AUGUGCCGGUUUUAUUCAUAUCGUAGGGGUGCUGAGCGAGGUUCUGAUUCCAACGAUCAAGACUUCGAUAGUGAUUCCAGUAGUUCUGGAGAGAGUUACUCCGGAGCCUCAUCUGUGGAUGAAAUGAGUGAGAAAAAGAUCAAGAUCAGCAGAACCACUAUCCGAACGGAGAAGGAUGCUUUGUUGUUUGAAAAAGCGCUUCAACGCUAUGGUUGGGGCAGAUGGAGGGAGAUCAGACGCGAUUGUCCUAAAUUGUGUGGGAAUUGGAGUGACUUCCAGAUAGCGGCCAUAGCCCAGGAGAUUCUGCUGAUUGCGGUGGACUCGAAGACCGCGUCUAACGACAGUUCCAUGGUGUCGUUUGUCAAGCGAAUUUGCAGUGAAUUCACCAAACAGCACCAACCAGCGCCACCCGCACAACCUACCUCUCACAUACAAAAGACAUCUGUACCUAUUGCCCGUAUGUCAACCGAUGCUAUGCCACACGGUAAGAGCAGAGGACCCGUUGCCGCAGGGGUAACGGCAGGUGGUGUAGGGGUCACUAUCACUUCAAGCGUGCCGCCAAAUAUGAUCAACGGAGUAGCAGCCAUAGUGAACCCGCACGCGGACAGUACGACUGCGAACCCUGCCACAAACGCUACAACUGACGCGCAAGCGCUACCACCGACACAGGCACAGACAGUCCCGUCACAACAUCCACAGCCACACCCUUCAACGCACACUUCACCCAUUCUCAUAGAACAAGCAAACUCCAGCAUCAGUCUGCAGACACCUCCGAUACCACUCUCUCCAUCCACGACUGAGCCUGCACUGGCAGGGGCGACUGCUAUUGUGGCGCCUGUGAGCUAUAGGCCUGUGCACAUGCAAUGGAUAGACACGUACAAACCACUGACUGUGGCGGCAGGCGAAUUGAGGAAAAUCUCUAAGUACAGGAAACGAUUGCACACAGGCACUAUCGCCGUGCGACUGUUUAAUCAAUUGAUGUAUGCGGACUGGAUGAACAACACGCUGACCCAUCGCGCGCUGUGGGGAAAACCAUACACAAUGGACAACCAACUACACGAGAUCACCCUGGGGCCUAUGCUGCACUUCAGCCCCAAAACGUACAAGAUGGAGGUGUGUCCCUUUGCGGAGAAGUGGUGGAGGGACGCCACCUACGACGACAAAGUGUGUGCCGUGGCCAUGGCUCGACACGGCUAUGCCACGCAGAAAGUGGUAGUCAGCAAUGUUCUGGAGGACCCCGGCCUGGGCAAGUUGCUGGCAUCCACCGUGAUGAAGGUGCUCAACAAGUCGAUGAUGGCGAGCGAUGCGGACGAACCCCAGCCCUCCACACUCAUACACGAAUUGGACUUCGACCACAAGAAGGAGCUGGAGGCUGAGUUUAUGUCAAUCUUGAAGCACGGCAAUAGCUCACUGCUAGCGCAUCACAACAAAAGACGGGCUGCCGACAGGAAGGAAAGCCUCGCCGAGAAAGAAGCACGCGCUCAGAAGGAGCUUAAAGUAAAAGCGAAAAAAGAAAAACUGGUAGCUGUACCCCCUGGCAACCCGGAUCACUGGAAACUCAAAGACCAGAAGGCGUUCUACAACACAGCAGCUGCAUAUGGGAUACCGUCUACAACCACAGAAACCAAGCCAUCAACAAGCACGUCUGCUACGACGGCGCUGUCAUCGACAGACACCAAGGCAGAAAGCGGUGAAACACCGACAAUACAUGUGGAGACUACCGACAGUAUAGAUACGAAUAAGCCCGAAGAGAAACCUGCGCCCCAGGAGAAGGAGGCUGAGAAUACGGAACCACCAGCAGUCCGGGACGAGAAAUUGGAACAAGAUGUGGAGAUGUCGCAAGCGGAAGUCGCUCAGUCCUUACCCUUGCCCACGCCGACACCGGACACCACCGGCAAUGCAUCGACCAACACCACCGCACCGAUCAGUCUGCACGGCGAUCGUGUAGGCGGGCUGAAGGGUGGCAGCAAGAGCCCCAAGACUGAGGAGGGUGCGGCACUCGCUGGUGCCGUGGGGUGGACAUGGACAUGGGCCGAAUUUAGGAAAAUGGCAGAGCUCAACUGCACAGAUGACGCUGUUAUCAGGUUCUGGAAAGAGUACAAGGCAAUGUGUGAAGCGGUGGCUGCAGAAGACGACCAACCCCUCGCAGCCACCAAUGCACUGAGUGGCAGUGACAUGGACACCGGCAGUCCCAGUCUGAAAGAGCCUUCUCUGGCCAGCGCAGUCGAUGAGAAAUGUCCCCCGGCCCAAACAAUUAACCUGACCACCCCGUCGGAACAGCCAUCCGAGUACAUAAAAAGCACAGCCGAGUGCAUCGUAGCCAGCUCAACGGAACCUGACCCAGAAUCCAAGCAGUCCCACAAAGACCCGUACACAACUAUCAGCUCACUGGAAACGGUGACUACGAGGGAUGUGCCAUUACAGGCGGCACCAGCGACAGAUCACACGGACAUACAAGCGCCCGUGCCCACAAACAAUAACGGUAUCAACACCACAGCCAAACACUUCGCAAAGCCGAAGCAAGACAAAACCACGCUAUUAUGGCCGGGGCAAUUCGCUGUGCACAAGGUGUCGCCCUAUAAAGCAAAGGCGCUGUUGGAACGAGCGGCUCUUAUGGACCAACUUCGGACGGUCGUGCUUGUAGAGCCAACGCUUAAGCACAUCAUCAGCCGCAUACCGACCAGCGGUAUCAAAAGGUUCGCUCAAUGGUUUGAGAAAGGAGCCGAUGAUAUUGCGCUAUACACUGCGGUUGCUCAGCAUGGGUGGGAUGUGCCUCACACUACUGUGCUAGAUAUGCAUAAGGAUGCUUUCAAGGCGGGCAGGAAACAAGUGAAGAGUCUUCAGCAAGUGGAUGCUGUGACCAAGAACGGUUUGAACGGUGACUGCUGGCAGAAAUUGGCUCAUUGGCCUUCAAGGACAGACAUCAUGAAACGGUUAAGAAAUAUAAUUGACGCCAUCAGGUUACAUAGGAAGUUGUCUUCUGAGGGUGGGAUAAAACGGAAGACAACCUUAGAAUUUCUACCUAUACGUACCAAGAAACCGGCCUCAGUCCACUUGAAAAAGCAGUCUUGUUUGGACUUCACGAAAGCUAACUCAAUGUCCGAUCAUAGCGAUGAGGAAUUCCAAGAGCCCUCUAAACCACUAUCGAGCAUAGAAUCCAAAAGCACGAUAUCCGCGAAACCGGCCAAACGACGAAAAAGUUCGAGUAGCGCUGUGGAUUGUGAGCUGAUUGAUAUGACCAGUGAGUCGCCAAGUAGCAGCGCAGAUAAUAUGAGCAAGAAUAGACUAUCCUCUACCACUUCCAAUUCAUUUCCUGUCAAAUCGACUGAUGGUAAAACAGCCCUCAAGUAUAAAAUAGCUACAGCUACACAGAGAUCUGGUGAUAGCAAAUUGUCGACAAAAUCGUCGAAGGGUUUGAAGCCUGACUACAAAACUGCCUCAAGUGAAGGAUCCGGUGCCGAUAGUGUUGGAAUACAUUCCAGUAAGAUACUUAGUAUCAAUAGCGCUGUGUUGAACAAAUCGAGUACGAGCAUGGGUGCAAAAGACAUAAAGGCGACGAAACGCACGCUUACGUCACGGAAGCGACCGGAAGCGUCUAUAAACAGUUCGAUGCCCAAUGGAUCCAAGAAGGCCAAACGCUCGGAAAAGAAUAUCACACUCAUGUCCAUGUUCAAAAAGAAACCUCAUGUCGAAGUAGUGGAUUCCAGCGAUGAAGACGGUCCCCUCUGCGUACCGACCUGUUAUUCCCCGUCACCACCUAACUUGUAUUAGAAGACUCUGAUUCUGCAUCGCACUGACAUGAGAGGAGGUAUCCUGUAGAGUGACAGCUCCCGGCAGCCUACAUAGUAGAGUGGUAGCUCAAGUAAAAAUAAAAGUUUCGGCCAUAGUACUGUUACC